CCUUACGCAACGCAACACAACACCUCGAACAAACAACACAACAGAAAGCAACAAUGAUCACCGACAAAGAGCUCAACUCCCUCGCAAUCUUCCUCGGAACCCUCACAAUGUCACUCAUUGUGCUGUACCACUUCCUGUCGGUCAAUUCCGACAAGAACAGCAGCAGAAAGAAGCUCGAGGGUGCGCCAGUAUCCGUAGUUGUUGCAAAAUAACUGGUGCGACGCUCAAUACACGCGUGUUUAUUAUUACCGGUUAUGUACGAUAUUUGGGCAGCGGGAGUGGAAGCGGGAGUGGAAGCGGAAGCUUGAAGUUUCCAGACGGAAAAAGACAGCUAGGAGGGAGUAAUUCUGGCUGGCUGGAUGGGUAGAUUUUGAGCUCGGUGUUGGUUUCUGGGAGUCAUUGGCACGGGUCUGGUCUUUCUGAUACCUUUUGUUUGCCUGUCUAUCCCACCAUCAUUCACAUGCAAUGGUUGCGGACACACACACAGACACUCGACGCUGGA